CCGGCUUCCUCAACAUGGCAGCGCCCUUGUCAGUGGAGGUGGAGUUCGGAGGCGGUGCGGAGCUACUGUUUGACGGAGUAAAAAAGCAUCAAGUCACCUUGCCUGGGCAGGAAGAACCCUGGGAUAUCCGGAACCUCCUUGUCUGGAUCAAGAAGAAUUUGUUGAAAGAGCGGCCAGAGCUAUUCCUCCAGGGAGACAGCGUGCGGCCAGGAAUUCUGGUGCUGAUUAAUGAUGCCGACUGGGAACUGCUGGGUGAGCUGGACUACCAGCUGCAGGACCAGGACAGCGUACUCUUCAUUUCCACGCUGCAUGGAGGCUGAGGGUCCCUCUCUGAGCCCACAUACCCUUGUGAGAGGAGAAAGGAACAGCCAGACAUCCCCUUGGGCCCUGCUUCCAGGUUUCCCAUCCCCCCCUGGCAGCCUCCUUCCUUGCUCUUUCCCUCUGAGCGCCCUCCAGGCAGGAAAAAGAGGCCAGGUGCUAAAAAAUGAUCCUUUCUCAGCAGGGCACGUGAGCAGGGGAGGGCAGGCAGGCGCCUGAGCUGAGUACUCCUUCUCCCAGCAGCUGAGAUGGGGGAGGGUGUCCUCUAGUGUGUUGGAGUGGAGGGGGGCUCUGUGCCCAGGUAACCCAGCUGCCUUCUAGUCUUAUGUCUUAAUCUAAGCACUGAGUGACCGCCAACAAGGCGCUCCUGCUCCUGGGGCAUCUUCAUGGGGAAGAUGGACUGAAAUAACUGAUGGGAGGCCCCUUCCCAAAGAUUGGAGGACUCUCCAUCUCAGUUUCCUCAUCUGGAUAGCAGAGGGCUCUUCCUGUCCCCUACUGAUAUCAUUAUGGAACCCCAGCUGGGGUCCCCUAUUCAUGCUGACACCCCUCCCUCCCACCUAGCAGCUGCUCUCCCAGCCACACCCCUCCUCCUGCUCCCCCCACCCAAGCCCUUGACCCUGGCUGGCCUCCCCCCAUACACAAGCCACCAUAUGGGCUCUUGAGACCCUCUCCAUGCUGUGUACGACUCAUUCUGCUGGGAAAGCAGAGGUGGGGGGAAAAGUAGCCCAACCUUGGACUGACCAACAGAGAGGCCUGGGGAGGCCAGUAUGCCUCAGUUUCCUCUUCUACAACAACUGCAUAUAGUACAUGAAACCUGGGGGAAGACACUCAACAGCAUUAAAUGUAGACUUUAUUGCCCCAUUUCCUGCAGGAAAUAGUGGGAGCAGGCAGCACUCUGUCCCUUCUGGAAAUCUGGGGAUCUCAGUGCCUGGUAACAGCUGGCCUUGGGCAAAUAAAAGAUUAGGCGUUUACUCCUUGCUUGGAGCUUCUUUCUUACAGGCGGGUAGAACCCCAUAACCCCCAGCCAUGGGCUCUGGUACCUUUCUGUCCCUCAGACCCUGGGGUUCUCAGAGCUGCCCUUACCUGAAAGGCUGAAACAUAGAUUACCUCUACUAGACAGGGUGAUCCAGUGAGGCCAUCUGGAGAAAGGGAUGCAGACCCGUGCUAACCAGUCUGGAUCCCAAAACACAUACCGUCUAUCUAUGGCCAGACCUUAUCAAACAAGCUGCAGCAGCCUGCCUCAGAACCCAGAAUGGGGAGUGGCAUAGAUAAACCUGUUGAGCCUCCCUUUUCUUUCAUGACCUAGAGAAAAGAGCUUUGUCUACUGGAGAGACCUCAAAAAAAAAUAAUAAUAUUUAGGGCGCUAUCAUCACCCUGCCCUAAAUACUGCUUUUCAUUAAAUGUCAAUAAUUUAAGGUGGCAUUUCUCACCCUGUGGAGAUGAAAGUGCCAAAUGUUGUCCAGGCAGUGUUGGGGACAAGUGUGCAUUCAUUAUUUAAGAGGACAAAUGACCCCUUGGCCAUGAGUUUCUCUCAAGUACUGCUGCAGUGAAGGCCCUUUGGGCAUGUGUGGGUGGGAGCAGCCAUGUUAGGGUUACUGGUAGGGACCUGUCUGGGUGCAAGUUAAGGCCAGUGUUGGGUCUGAGUAUUGUCUAGAUCAGCUGUAUGACUGCCUUCACUAGGUGCUGAGGCCAGCGAAGGAAUUGUAAUAGCCCCAACAGCCUCAGUUUUAGAGGGUCAGCCUGUCCCAGUUCUUGUAACCUGGAGGUCCCUCCCUCCCUCCCUCUGGCUCCUGAGCUUCAGGAAUGGUCCAUUGUCCCACCCUGGGGUUCCAGAUUCUGAAAAUGGUAGGUGGGAUUCCUUCUGCACCUACAAGGGAUUGGGGGAGUGUAGCUGCAGGUCAUCCCUGCCACCGCAGCACUCCAGUAUAGUGAGAAUGCUGAGCAGUAGAGAAUGGGCUGGGACAAUCGGGUCUCCCCACAGCAGGAUGCCAGUGAAAUUGGCCAGAGCCAAGGCGCUCCAGGUCAUUUUUAGCCCCUAGCUGAAAGCCCUCAGGGACAGGUGACCCAACUCAGUCCCAGCAACACCCAACAACCCACCUCCCGCGCAACUCCUGACCCCUGCUUUUAACAAAAUAAACGAAUAAGUAAACCCUGCUAUCUCCGAAGAUUUUUCUUUAAUGAAAAGGAUUUAUUUGCCCAAGUUGUAUUUCCAAAGCCAAGGCACUUGCCCUGCUGGAGCGCAUCAUUCCCAAGCUUCUCUGUUUUUGGAAGCGGAUGGAGGAGGCU